GCGGCCUGGACGCGGCUGCGCGCGCACUCCGCUCGCCCUUGACUUUGCGCUCAGGUAGACGCCCACUGAGCGCCUGCUGUGUGCACUGGGCGGUGCGGAGAGACAGCGAGCUGGAGGGACCGCGCUUUUCUAAGGUUGAUGCUGAGCGAUGGCAUCCUCUUCGGAAGGAAGUGGCGAUGCCCUGCUGCCAGAUUUCCCCAGGGGGCCCCUGCAGGCCUACCGCGCCCGUGCCUCCUUCAGCUGGAAGGAGCUGGCGCUGUUCCUGGAAGGCGAGGACAUGCUGCGCCUUAAGAAAACUAUCUUCUCGGCUCUGGAGGACGACCCCCUCUUCGCACGUCCCGGUGGAGGUGACCUCCCGAUGGAGAAGUACCGGGAGCUGAACUUCCUGCGCUGCAGAUGGGUCUUCGAGCACGACUUGCUCCGCGUGGAAGACAUGCUCCAGAGCCCCCUGAAAGUCCGGGCGCUGGUCAACUGCCUGGGCAUGUACGACUGGUCCCUGGCUGCCAAGUUUUUCCUGCACAUGCUGGUUUUUGGAUCAGCCAUUUACAACUCUGGUUCUGAAAGACAUUUCAAAUAUAUUCCGAAGAUCUUCAACAUGGAGAUUUUUGGAUGUUUUGCUUUAACUGAACUGAGUCACGGGACUAACACCAAGGCCAUCCGGACUACCGCUCACUACGACCCCACCACCGAGGAAUUCAUCAUACAUUCCCCCGAUUUCGAAGCUGCCAAAUUUUGGGUCGGCAACAUGGGCAAGACUGCUACGCAUGCGGUGGUGUUCGCACAGCUGCAUACGCCGGGGGGCGGCUGCCACGGCCUGCAUGCCUUCGUGGUACAGAUUCGGGACCCGAAGACCCUCCUCCCCAUGCCGGGGGUGAUGGUUGGUGACAUCGGGAAGAAGCUGGGGCAGAACGGUCUGGACAAUGGGUUCGCCAUGUUCCACCAGGUGAGAAUCCCUCGCCAGGACCUCCUGAACCGGGCUGGAGACGUCACCCCUGAGGGCACCUAUGUCACCCCCUUUAAGGACGACAGGCAGCGCUUCGGAAUGUCCCUGGCUAGCUUGUCCUCCAGCCGCGUCUCCAUCGUGGGCAUGUCCGUUGUCAAUCUGAAGCUGGCCGUGUCCAUAGCCAUUCGCUUCUCUGCCACUCGGCGUCAGUUUGGGCCGACAGACGAGGAGGAAAUACCGGUUCUCGAGUAUCAAAUGCAGCAAUGGCGCCUCCUCCCGUAUCUGGCAGCUGCCUACGCCUUAGACCACUUUUCCAAAUCGCUCUUCCUGGACCUGGCGGAGCUUCAGCAAGGCUGGCUGGGCAAGGACGCAAGUGCCAGGCAGGCAGAGCUCGGACGUGAGAUCCACGCCUUGGCGUCGGCCAGCAAGCCCCUGGCCUCGUGGACCGCCCAGCGGGGCAUUCAGGAAUGCCGAGAGGCGUGUGGAGGACACGGCUACCUGGCCAUGAACCGGCUGGGCCACCUCCGAGAUGACAAUGAUCCGAACUGCACGUACGAAGGUGACAACAACGUCCUGCUGCAGCAGACCAGCAACUACCUGCUCAGCCUGCUGACCCGCCGGGCCCAAGGUGGUGCUCACUGCAAGAGCCCUCUGAAGACUGUGGACUUUCUGGAAGCCUACCCCGACAUCCUUGGCCAGAGGUUCGAGGUGCCCAGCCUUGAGGACUGCCUGGACUCCUCAGUCCCCCUGGCAGCGUAUGAGUGGUUGGUCUGUUACCUGCUCCGAGAGAGUGACCAAAAGUUAAAUCAGGAGAAAAGAUCAGGAAGCAACGACUUUGAAGCAAGAAACAACUGUCAGGUGUAUUACUGCCGCUCCUUGGCACUGGCGUUCCUGGAGCUCACUGUGGUGCGGAGGUUCCACGAGCACACGCACCAGCCCAGCGUGCCGCCCCCGCUGCGGGCCGUGCUCCGGCGGCUCAGCGCGCUCUACGGCCUGUGGUCCCUGAGCCAGCACACCGCCCUGCUCUACCGAGGUGGCUACUUUUCUGGGGAGCAAGCGGGUAAAAUGAUCGAGACGGCCAUCUUGGACCUGUGUUCCCAGCUGAAAGAUGAUGCGGUUGCCCUGGUGGACGUGAUCGCCCCUCCUGACUUUGUCCUGGACUCACCGAUUGGCAGAGCCGACGGCGAGCUCUAUAAAAACCUCUGGGGCACCGUCCUUCAGGAAGGCAAAGUGCUGGAGAGGGCCUCGUGGUGGCCGCAAUUCUCUGCCAACAAGCCCGUCAUAGGAAGUUCGAAAUCAAAGCUGUAGUCACGAGGCUCAAUCUCAUUAAUCUAAUCAUGCUAAUCAAGACAUUGACCUCACUUUCUGGUUCCAAGAGACGCUGGACAUUGCUGCCGCUUUCUGAACACGCACCGCUGCCUCCAACCAGCCCUUGUCCUGUCGGGACUGGCCGUCCUGGGCUGGGCUCUCUCCAGUCACCCCAGGAGGCGUCGGGGCGGAAGUGCGGGGCUCGCUGGGGGCCGUGGUGACUUGCUGUGCACAGAGGGAACCUAGAUGGCUGCCGACUGUGGCAAUGAGGACUGGGCACGUCCUGUUUCACUCACCGAAUAUAAAGCUGACUGCUCCUCAUCAGGGACUUUGUUUUUAACAUCAUCCGAGAUUUUUUACAAAGCUCUUCUUCACUGAGACUUAAUGGCGCCGGUGUGAGUCUGUGGACUCUAGCCUGCCUUUACUGUGUAAUUAAAUUCGUUAUAAUCUUCCUCGUCGCACCAAAGACCAUCUGAGUGACAUAGUUUAAGAUUUUUAAGGAGGAGAAAAUCAGUUUUAUUACUUUCUUGUGUGGAACUAGAAGUUUCCAUCAAGGAGAUGUUUCCAAAUUUAAAAGUGCAUCACGACUUGAACGUCUAGACAACUUAACACCCUGACCCCCAGCGUGUGGCUUCUUGAGUUGGUAGAAUGGGGUGGUUUUGCCGUCAGUAAAUACCCAGGGCUGCACGGCCCCACGGGGUGUUUGCCUGGCAAACUCCCCACAUGUGUGUGUGUGCGCCCAGUGCGGCCCAGGUCUGUGAGCAUAUGUCCAAUCCGUGGAGACCAGACUGAGGAGCUCAAAGAGCCUCCCCGGCCACGCGGGUUUCCGAGCCCAGGACGCCAGCUGGCAGGUGGUUCUGACUCUUGGCACUGUCUCUGUUUCCCCUCCGCUGUCCCGUUGUGCUCCUUGGCCUCUCUGAUCAGUCCUGGAAGGCACAAGACUUUUGCCAUCAGCGGCCCCCGUGCCUCCCGACCUCUGUGGCCUUGGAGCCCACCAGGCAGAUGUGACCCAGGUGCCCACUAGUGCAAACUGGUCCUGGACAAACGAGGAGCUUUAUUUUUCAAAAUAACCCAGGGAAUUUCUGAGCACAUGGAAGGCGUGGGCAAGAACCUGUUUGUGGAGGCUGGAUUUCCACCUCUGGAAAUUACGUGGGUGGUUCCUUCUCAAGCCUCAGUUUUCAUGCCUGGAAAAGGGACACAUCUCCCACCCCACCUCCCACCCCUGCAGAGCUGCCAGGAGCAUCAGAGCAGGUAGGAGGGGCGAUUUGUCAUGAGCACGCACUACGUGCUGGAACUUUCUAUCCAUCAUUGGCCCCUCAGACAACUGUGUGGGGCUGGGGGGAACUGUGUCAUCAGGCCCAUUUUACAGAUGGGGAAACUGACCCCAGAGGGCUGAUUCACUGCCCUGGGCUGGAUAGCCAGGAAGUGGCAGAGCUGGACUGGGCUCUCAGGUCUGACCCAAAGCGCCAGCCUGUCCUUGGCCCCACACGUUCUCAGAGCCGGGCACAGACGGGCCUUUGCUGAUGUCAGUGUCACGGCUUUACCUAGGGCACAGUCCUUCCUCAUUUAAGGUCUGUCUGGUUGGGGGGGUUUCCUUGGGUCUUAAAUAAACCCUUCACAUUUUUUAA